AUGUCAGACAUUCAAUCCAAGGACGUCCCUGUCGUCCACUCUGGCGAUCACACCGAGGACCUGCAGAAGCCCUCCAUUGAGGAUGCUCUCCAGCGCAAGACUUUUUUCCAGGCUGCUCUGCCCGUCUUUGCCUGCGGUGCUGGUCUCUUUUCCGAUGGCUACAUCAACAACGUCAUUGGCUCCGUCAAUACCGCCCUGUCAAGACAAUAUGGCAAAAUUUAUGACACUUCGCGCGCCAAGGACGUUGUCGCCAGCGUCGCAUUCGCCGGUACCGUGCUUGGCCAGCUCAUCUUUGGCUUCACUUCGGACCAUUGGUCACGAUCGAAUUCGCUCGUCACCUCGACCGCCAUUCUGAUCAUCUUCACUGCCCUCGCGGCUGGUUCUUACUGGCAUGGCGAGGCCGUCGGCAUGUUCAAUAUGCUUGCCGCCUGGCGAUUCUUUGUGGGUAUCGGCAUUGGAGGUGAAUACCCUGCUGGUAGUGUCGGUUGCGCCGAGUCCACUGGUGAGCUCAAGCGUGGCACUCGCAACCGCUGGUUCAUCCUCUUUACCAACUCCAUGAUUGAUGUUGGCUUUGUUAUCGGAGCCUUUGUCCCUUAUGUUGUCGCCGCCGCCGCCCACAAUGGCCAUUACGAGACGAUCUGGCGCACUAGCUUAGGCAUUGGGGUCGUCUUCCCCCUCAUUCUAUUUGUUCUCCGACUCCGCCUCAAAGAGCCCGAGGAGUUUGCCAGGGAGUCUAUGCGCCGCGCCACUCCAUAUUCACUGGUCCUCAAAUACUAUUGGUUUAGAUUGACUGCCGUCUCCGUCAUCUGGUUCCUUUACGACUUCUCCGCCUACGCCUUUGGUAUAUACUCGUCCGAUAUUCUCAGCUCCAUUUACCCCAAGAACGCCCCUUUGACGACCAUUUUCGGCUGGAACACCGUCAUUAAUCUGUUUUAUAUUCCGGGAACUAUUCUUGGUGCCUUUGUUAGUGAUUGGAUUGGGCCCAAAUAUGCCCUCAUCUUUGGUGUCUCGGCCCAAGCUAUUGUUGGUUACAUCAUGGCUGGUGUUUAUGACUCCAUUUCCAAGCACGUCGCCGCUUUCGCCGUGGUGUAUGGCAUCUUCCAGGCUCUUGGCGAGCUCGGCCCUGGCAACAACAUUGGUCUUUUGGCUGCCAAGACGUGCGCCACGGGUGUCCGUGGCCGCUACUACGGCAUUGCGGCCGCCAUUGGCAAGAUUGGUGCCUUUGUUGGCACGUACGCUUUCCCUGCCAUUGAAAAAGCCGGCGGCAACAAGACGCAGUCUGCUCAGUACCCAUUCUGGGUCGCUUCUAGUCUCGCCCUUCUCUCCGCCGCCGUCGCCUUUUUCUGUCUGCCCAACGUCGGCCAGGACACCAUCGCUGAGGAAGACAGAAAAUUCCGGCAGUAUCUUGAGAGCAAGGGCUGGGAUGUAUCGCAGCUUGGUCUGGGCCCGACCGAUUCGGAAGCGUCCGUUGCGCACACGGAGAAGGUCUUGCAGAAGAAUGUGACUGAUGAUAAGAAGCAGUAA